AUGCAAGGAGUAGGAUACAUCCGGGUCUUAUCUUGUUUGAUAUUCUCCCCACAGAAGGUCGUCACCUUGCGAGGGCAGAAGUACCUUCAGGAGAAUUCCGACGAGGAAGUUGGUGACACAGACUACGUGUUAGACUUGUCUGUGACGUCCCGAUCCCCCAUAAGGAAGUCGGGGGUACAUCCUGAGAACAGCCAGGAGGUCAAUGGAGAGCCGGGGAACCAGCCAGGAACCAGUGACGUGGUGUGGGACAGACUCCACAUCGAAGGGGAAUCUUGGGGUAACUUGUCUGUCUCUGAGAGAGAGAGAGAGAGAGAGAGAGAUGACGAAAGAACUCUUGAAGAAGAGGAGAUGAUGGACGAGGGUAAAAACUUCAGCUCUGAAAGUAAAGACUUAGAGAAGGAAGGAGGCAUGCCCCUGGAAGACCUGCUGGCCUUCUGCGGCUCUGAGCCCGUGCUGCCCGCCGCGGGGGAGCCCAGGGCCCACAGCUCCCCAAGGGAACUUGCCCACCAGCUGCCAGACAUGACACUGGACAAGGAGGAAAUAGCAAAAGACCUGCUGUCAGUGUAUGACGAGGAGGCACCCUGUUCCGCAGACGACCUGGUGCCGUCUCUGGCUUUCCACCAGGCUUCCGACUUCUUCCCAAGGCCAUUACACUCAAAUAUUCCUUGUGAAGGAGAUAAAGAACCAGAGGCUGAAGAUGGUGAAACAGACAGUGGUAACUCACCGGAAGAUGUGAGGAAGGAAGUAAGGAUCGGUUUACAAUAUCAGGCCGAGAUCCCCCCUUACCUUGGAGAGGAUGAUGAUGAUGAUGACCAUGGGAAAGCGUCUGAAGAUGGAGAGCAGCUCCUCUGGCGUCCCGGUGUGGUUGCGGAGAGCACAGUGAAGGAGUACCUUGUCGAUGCCGCAUUCAGAACUGGAAAGGGGAAAAUGGUGGCCGGGGUUUCGGCCCGAGCGCUCACCAGGGACGAUGAGCGGGCAUUACAGGAGCUGCUCAGGUGCGGCCAUAACAUCCAGGAGGCGCUGGAGAGGUAUUGCCGCAGCGGAAAGGCAUCUCAGGAGGGCAUGACUGCGUGGACAGAAGAAGAAAUCCGCAGCUUCGAACAUGCACUCAUGAUCUUUGGAAAAGACUUUCAUCGUGUACAGAAGCACUGGGUGAAGACCAGAACGGUGGCGGAGUGCGUGGCGUUCUACUACAUGCGGAAGAUGGGGAAGAAGUCUGGGCGCUAGGACUGCUUCGACUACUUCCCGCAGCAGAGGCGUUUCGGGAAGAAUCGCUACAACCACCACCCCAGAGUGACGGACUACACGGACCACCUGGUGGAUUGCCGGGAGCCGGUCCAUCCUUGCUGUUUCAACGGACCUGGCCUGGGCAACUUGUUGGCAGUGAAAACCUACUGA